GCACUGAGCACUGUAGUCUGCUAGAGUGUACUACGUCCAUUAAAAACAAAGCAGGGUUAUCAGGAACAUAACAUUGCUUAAAAGUCACUGUAAAAUUUAUCUAUUGUUGAUGAAGACAUUCAUUUUAUAAUAACUUAGAACUUGCUCAAAGUUUAAGGGUAAAAAAUAUGUUUCGAAGUCGUUCUGGUUCAUGGUUUGGAGGAGGUGGGUCGAAACCCAAGAAUCCGCAUUCACUGGAUCAUCUGAAGUAUCUAUACAAUGUGAUGAUCAAGAACCAAACAGUUAGUGAAAGUAACCGAAGCUUACUGGUUGAAAGUUUAAGAUCAAUUACAGAAAUUCUCAUCUGGGGAGACCAAAAUGACAGCUCAGUGUUUGAUUUUUUUUUGGAGAAAAAUAUGCUUUCAUUUUUCUUGAGAAUAAUGAAACAAAAAUGUGGAUCAUUUGUCUGUGUCCAGCUUUUGCAGACUUUGAAUAUUUUAUUUGAGAACAUCCGCAAUGAAACUUCUUUAUAUUAUUUAUUAUCAAAUAACCAUGUCAACUGCAUCAUAGUGCACAAGUUUGAUUUCUCUGACGAGGAAGUGAUGGCUUAUUACAUAUCUUUUCUUAAGACCUUGUCACUAAAAUUGAAUGUCCACACCAUACACUUCUUUUUUAAUGAGAACACAAAUGAUUUCCCACUUUAUACUGAAGCGAUCAAGUUUUUCAAUCACUCGGAGAGUAUGGUGCGAAUUGCUGUUCGGACGCUCACAUUAAACGUUUAUAAGGUCGGAGAUGAGGCUAUGCUAAACUUUAUCCGGGACCGAACAGCUGCCCCUUACUUUUCUAAUUUAGUCUGGUUUAUUGGGAACCAUAUUGUCGAGCUCGAUAAUUGUGUUCGGGCUGAUGCCGAUCAUCAAAGCAGAGGUCGACUUUCGGAUUUAGUGGCAGAGCACCUGGACCAUAUACAUUACGUAAACGAUAUUCUCUGCCUUGGUAUCGACAACUUGAACGAAGUUCUGGUCGAACAACUCUUUCAGCGCCUUUUACUUCCCCUUUAUAUCAAUUCGCUCAAUAAAGGACAAGUUCAAAUGAAGAGUGGUGAUCGUCCUAUGGUCAGCCGAGUAGUCUCUCUCUUCCUUUUAAGUCAAAUUCUCCUCAUCAUUCAUCACAAGCCUUUAGUGGUCACUAUUCUCAGAAUACUAAUAAAUUUCGAAGAGAGUCAGGCUGUGGCAAUCGCCGCUGUCCAGCAAGAUAACGCUGCAGCUAUCGAAGAUAAUAUCACGGACGAAGAAAAAGAGCAGCGAAUGUCGUCAUCUACUGCUAUGAUUUCUGGCGAGUCGAGCAACUUGACUUCUCACUUGGAAACUAUUUUAGAUUCCCUCGAUCCUGCGGAAAAUGACUACGAAGCUCUUUUUGGCCUAAGUCUUCUCUACGCUAUGGGGCAAAAUAGAGGUGUCAACGAAGAUAAACCGUUUUGGAAUACAGUUGAAUGGAAGCCGACCCUGGUUGGCAAAGUAAUGUUGUUACUGUCGUCUGCCUGUCAGAUGAUUAGCAAAAUUCGCCCAGUUACCGUUGAUCUAGCCAUCAACCUGCUUAUAGUGGUUGCUGUGCCAAAUUCAUCAGUGCCGCAUAGUUUGGAUGAUAAGAAUAUUGCUCUCCUUGAACAAGCGAAAGAGGAGAGCAUUAUGGUGGCUCGAACAUUCUUUAAGUCGGAAGACAUGUUUCUCGAGCUCUUUGAAGCAGAAGUCAAUGAGAUUAUCAAGCGUCCAUUACAGGUUGAAUAUCUGCUACAGGAUAGCUCUAUUUUAUUGCCACCUACUGGAACACCGAUGACUGGUAUCGAAUUUACCAAACGUCUUCCCUGUGGAGAGGUUGAGAGAGCUCGCCGAGCCAUAAGAGUAUUCGUGCUGAUGAGGCGUUUAAGUCUAGCGGUCAGUGGGGAAGUAGAAGCUCAACUUCCCUUAGUCUGUGUACAGCAGUGCAUUAAAAUAUCUGAUAUUCUUGAUUUAAAUAAUUCAGACUUGAUAGCAUGUACCGUGGUCAACCGAGAGGGUACCAGGUUGCGGCGAUUUCUAGUUAUCGACCCUAACCAGUUGAUAUUGGUCGAGCCUGACUCUAGGAGACUUGGUUGGGGAGUCGCCAAGUUUGUCGGUUUCCUACAGGAUGUUGAAGUUACUGGGGAUAAAGACGAUUCACGUUGCUUGCAUGUGACCGUCCAUAAUUCGCCAACGGCUACUACAUUUCUAUCUUCACGUAGUCCUGCGCACCGAUUACCACAAUUAGCAGCUCGUUUUGUUUUCGACGACCAUAUUCGAUGUAUGGCGGCUAAGCAAAGAUUAAGCAAAGGACGAAUCAAAGCUCGACAAAGAAAAAUGCAUUUGAUUGGAAAAUUACUGGAUGUGAAUACCUCUACUCCUUCAUCACCACCGCUAGGAACAUUGCAUGCCAUGCGACAGGAUUCGCUUUCGCGCCAUGCUCUUUUGAGUCGUGGAGUGGCCGGUAAUGUAGGACCUCCUCCCGGAAAUGCCUUUCCAUCACCAUUUGGCAUCAGACCAAUUGGUUUCCGUCGUGCCCCUGGUCUAGCUGUAACAGGAAGAUCCGAUACACCCGUCCGGCCACGGUCUUCCUCUGCUCACCCUACCGUCCAGAGAGGAAGUGGAAGUAAGGAAGCUAUACCACUUACGGAACUAUCUGCAUCAGCGGACCAUUCUCAAAAUAGCGAUCAACAAGAAUCUUCCUCUGUCGGCCAAGCUGCAAAUCUAUAGAUUUAUAUGCGAAUCUUGAAACCGAAUGAAAUUAUACAAUCAACUGAAUGAAGUCGCUUGGUGAUAAAAUCUGCAUAGGACAUAUUUUGUAUUAUAGUUGGUUGUCGUCUACAAAAAUAUUACAUAAUGCUAAAUUUCUAACAUUAAAAUUUUCAUAAAUAUAAUUUACUCCUGAUUAAA